GAGGGGGCCUGAAGGCGCCAAGGGAGAGGCCAGCCGGAGGUGCGAUGGCUUGGAGUCCCUGGAUCCGUUUGGGGGCAGGAGGGCAAGCGGAGGAGGUGCGAGAGAGAAAUAGGUGGUGCGCCCGGGCGUGGGUCCGACUCCGGGGCCGGGGCGGGGUACCAAACGCGAGAACGGGCGCCGGAUAUAGAGGUAAUUGGCCGGGUCCAGCCCGAGGCUCCCAGCCCCAGAACUACGGGACAGUGUGGCCAGGCGGGGCCGCGGAGAUAAUCCUUGGCACCCUCGGGUCCCCGGUGGGACUUGGAGGAGCCUGGUGGGCAGUGCAGCAUCGAAAGCCCCCGUUCUGCCACUGCUCUGUGACCGGUCUUCGGGUCUGAGCCUUAGUGCGUUUAUCUGUAUUAUGGGAACAGCCAGCGGGCCGGGGAGAUGGGGCUAAGGGGAGGGUCGUUGCAAUGGUUACUGUUCGCGGGAGCCCAGCCGUUGCUGGUCUCCGAGCUGCCCCGGGAAGUUGUCCUCCCCAGGAAUGUGGCUGGGUCACAGGUGCCAAAGGAGCCCCUCCUCUUCAGCCCAGCCCCAGGGGCGUCUGCCCCAAACCUGGCUCUGAUGGGGACACAGCCCAGGUCAGAUGCAGCCAGGGCUUCCACGUGGUUGGCGAUGAACCCUUCCGGGCUUAGCAGAUGCUCAGCUCGGUUCUUCGCUGUUUGUGGGUACUGAGUGCAUUGUGACAGCACCCCUGGGGUGUUGGUGCUGUGAUCGGCUCUUAUGUGAGCGAAAGGAAGCCAGGCACAGAGAGGUUAAGCAGUUUUCCUAAGGUCACCCAGCAGUACGCGGCAGGCUCCGGAUUCCGGCCCGCGCAGCCUGGCUCAGAGUCUGAUGCCCCGUGCUUGAAGACCAAAGCAGACUUGAGUGAGAAUUUCAGCUCUUCCAGUCGCUUGCCGUGUGACCUUGGACAAGUCUUUGGGGGAUUGGGAGGCUCCAGAAAGUCUGUGGGUCCACGGAGGUGAUGCGUGAGGAGGGCUUGGGGUUGCUGGGUGGUGAAGGUAGCUUGGAGACUGGGCACAGCAGCGUGUGUUCCGGAACAGAGAAGGCGGCAGGCAGCUGUCUUGUCUUUGUCUGCCGGGUUCUCUCCCUUCCCUAUCCCCGGGCUCCUGAGUUGGAGACGGCGCUCAGAACUGUCCCUCGGCCCGUUCCUGUCUCCUGCCAAGGAUGAGCAGUUCCCAGGCCGAUGUCCAGCCUGGCCCAGCUCCAGGUGUUUCGAUGGACAGGCGAUUUUUCUAACAACUGGGUGUAUCUGUCUGCUGACUGUUUUAUCUCACCUUUUUGGGCACUGGGUCCUCACUGGGCAGUGUGGCAACUUUGUAAAUCGCCUUGAAACAGUUUGGUUCAUUUGCUGUGAGCCUCCUGCAGCAUGCAAUGGCCCUGGUGGUAAAGGCUUUGAUUAAAAGCGCUGGCGCCAGGCAGGCCCGGGUUCAGAUCCCCAGCUCUGUCGCUCCCUGUUCUUGACCGAGCUGCUAUGCCGUUCCGGGCCUCGGUUUUCUCAUCUGUGAAAUGGGGCCACAGCUCGCCCCAGGAGGUCCCUGUAAGGAGUCGAUGAGAAAAGGUGUGCAAAGAGUGAGGUCCUCCUGUGGUAUUUAGUCUUUGGAGAAAAGCGUGCCGGGGCCGGUGUUGUGAGGACGCAGGUUAAGGCCCUGCUGCGGCCCCGGCACUGCCUCACUUCUGAGGCAGCCUCCUGCUGAAAGAGGGAGGAGACUUAGAUCUGUGACUGCGGCUGCACGCCCCAGAGGCCCGCCGCCCUCAGAGCCCAGAACUCCGCCUGGGUCUCCCACGUGGAAGGUGGGGACCAAGUUCCUAGGCCUUCGUCUGCUGUUCCCGGGACAUGCUGUGCAGGCGGGCAGUCCGACAGGGACGCCAGCGCCUCUGAAGCUAACAGCGCCCCCUGUGCGCUCUGCCCACUGCACACGGGGCUCGCUGUCGACAGCACUGGGGCGGGGUUGCACAGUUUGGGUUCUGUUGUCCCCAGUUCAUUUCAGCCCCUUCUGCCAGCUUUGCCAGCCGGGUGUCGCGUGCCUGGGUGCUGAGGGUCCCGUCUCCAGCCCUCCCAUGUCGCAUCGGGGUGCCCCUCGGUGAUCCGACUUUCUUUUUUCUUUUUGUUGUUCCUCUUGCCGUCAUCUGUGUGUCUUAGAAACCGUGUCUGCUUUCCACGCUAUUUUGCCUUUUUUUGAAACCGCAAAUUUGUUUGCAGCCGGCGCUGGUUUGAAGCUUACUCAUACAAAGCGGUCCUUUUACCGUUCCUGAUGGUGUGUUUCUAGCGGCUGUGAGAACGCCGGCCUGUCCCUAAAAGCACAGAUUUUUCCACAAGGUUUGGCUCAUGGCGUCAGCCAUCCCUGACCCCUCCAGCCACAGCCAGGACCCCGCCAUCAGCGCCACACACACGGGCGACCCCCCUGUAGCAGCAGGUCCCCCCAGCACUGGCCCCCGCGGACUCGCCGUGCGCCGGCCCUGAGCAGGGGUUUCUGUCUCCUGGUCUGUGCGUGCUCAAACUCCCACCCCCACCCUGCCUGGAGCCAGGCCUGGUUAGCAGAGUAAUUGCUCUCUGUCCCCAAAGUGAGGGCGACCCGCCCGCCCGGGACCCAGUGCUAACCCAGGACGGGCCCUCUGCUUAGCGAGCGGCUGUUGGGGGUGAGGUGAAGCCCAGAAGGCGGCGUGCAGGGGGGGCAGCCUGCGGCUGGCGCUUCCAGGCCCCCAGCCUCCCGUUGUGUGCGAUCUCAGUGCCCCGAAGGUGAACCCACACUCGGGCCAUCCUGGCACGGGCGCUCGCCCGCCUCCAUCCUCAGCCGAUCCGUGGGUGGAUGCUGCCGUCCGUGGAGGAAACUGAGGCAUGGAGGGUUUGCCUGGGGUCACCCACACACACUGCCGGAUGUGGGAAAGCUGAGACCAGCAGGUUGUGUGUGUAUCACACAUGCGCACGCACACACAUGCACACACACGCGCGCACAUAUGUGCACACAUGCGCACACACACACAUGUGCGCACACGCUCCCGCCUGAGUUCCUUCAGGACUGGGAUGAUUUUCCUCCCUUCAGGGGGCUUUAGUCAGAAAGGAAAACUUCCCCGAGGGAGGAGCCAGCCGGCCCUGAGGCCAAGCAGGAUGGGCGAGGAGGGGCUGCGAGGCGGGGGUCCUGCAUGAGCGCCGGAAGUGGCCCCGCCCACUCGGGGGAGGGCCUGGUCCCGUGGGCGCGGCCCCUGCCCUCUCUCUGCGGCCCUGUUGCUCCGGUUUCUUGGGUUGUUUUCGCCCUCAGCUUCCUCAGCUGGAUGCUUUGCUUGCUGAUUUGUGGCCUUUUUCUUUUCCUUUUUGAAGGAUUUUUAUUAUUCGAAAGCCAGAGUGGCACAGAGAUAGAGCGAGACAGAGGGGGAGAGAGAUCUUAGACCCAACGGUUCACUCCACAGAUGGCCAGGGAGCAGGGGCCGGACCAGGCGGGAGCCAGGAGCGCAGAGCUCCGCCCGGGGUGGUGGGAACCCUAGUACCUGAGCCACCAGCUGCUGCCUCCCAGGGCGCAUUGGCAGGAAGCUGGAGUCGGAAACAGAGCCAGGACUCCACUGAUUGUUACUAUUUACUUGAGAGGCAGAGUUAUAGACGGAGAGUGGGAGAGGGCUCUCCCAUCCGCUCGCAGGUUCACUCCCCAAAUGGCUGCAAGGGCCAGAGCUGGGCCCAUCUGGAGCCAGGAGCUUCUUCGGGGUCUCCUAUGUGGGUGCAGGGGCCCAAGGACUUGGGCCAUCUUCCACUGCUUUCCCAGGCCAUAGCAGAGAGCUGGAUCGGAAGUGGAGCAGCCGGGAGUUGAACCGGCGCUCAUAUGGGAUGCCGGCACUCAGGCGGAGGAUUAACCUACUGCGCCACAGCGCCGGCCCCUGGACCCAGGCUUCUUAAAUGUCUGUCCAUCCCCUCUUCUGUGUAUACUUACUUGUGCUCGUGGGCUCCCCAGACCCGCUGCCCGGCUGCCCUCCUAGGACCGCCCCUCCUGCGUCCACAGCCUCCUUUUUGCCUCUCUUCUGGGCUGGGUCUCAUUUCCUCCAACCGAUGUCUUUUCCCCCUCAGUUUAUUUCAUUUUGGUGAAAACAAAUCCUCCAGCGCUGCCUCAGGAACAGUUCCUGGGCCGUAGUUUCCUGAGAACUGGGGCCUCUCAUGGGAAGGUUCGGGCAGGGGAGUGGUCCCGUGUGUGCUGGGAAGACCCCGCUGGCUCUCCUGGGAAAGCUGGCGGAGGCCCCAGGAGCCACGUGCAGAGGCUACAGCAGCCGCGCCUUUGAAGAGAGGCCCCAGCCUCCCAGAAACCCCCAGGCCGGAGAGGAGAGAGGCCCUCAGCCACGCCAUCAUCGCGCCUCCGUAACAGGUGACAGUUGCGGCAGCAGGCGGAAGCCUCAGGCAGGGGCCCCAGGGAGCGCGGGCAAUGCCAGGACAGCUUCCUGGAGGAGGUGGCGUUGUGUAGAGUGGUGUCUGCCAUCAGCCGGCUUCCUGCAGAGGGGCUGGACAGCACACGUGCAGCAGCCGGACGGCGUGCGGCAUUCGUGUGCCGGGCCUCGCUUCUCAAGCUGGGACGUGCGCACGGUUCCUGCGGAGCUUGUCGCCCGCACGCGGGGAUCCGGCCGGCCCGGGGCAGGGCCCGAGCUCCCCGGCGGUGCGAUGCCAUGUGGCCGCUGCUCGGGGAACCGCACUGGGAGUGGCUGAGCGCCCGGCACCGCUCCCGCAGCUCGGGACACAGCAGUGAAAAGCACGGACAGAACGCAGGCUCUGGGCAGCUUGUGUUGUCGUAGGAGGAGCUGGAAAAGGGACUUUAGCAAGUGUAGCUUGUGCGGUUGUCCCUGAGAACGCUGGGGACACCGGUCCCAGGACCCCCGCAGAUCCGCCCCAGCCCCUUACACAAACAGUGUAGUAUUUGCAUAAACCCCGUGCAUACCCCGUACCCCUGUGCACUUCCCGUGGUGUCUAGAUGGCGUAUAAUACUCAGCACAGUGUAAACGCUAGGUAAACAGGUGUCAGCAUUGUGUAGGGAGUAACAGGGAACAUGUCAACAGGCUCAGGAUAUGCGCAUUUGUGUUUUUUGUUUGUUUUGUUUUUUGACAGGCAGAGUGGACAGUGAGAGAGACAGAGAGAAAGGUCUUCCUUUGCCGUUGCUUCACCUUCCACUGGCCGCCGCGGCUGGCGCACCGCGCUGAUCCGAAGGCAGGAGCCAGGUGCUUCUCCUGGUCUCCCAUGGGGUGCAGGGCCCAAGCACCUGGGCCAUCCUCCACUGCACUCCCGGGCCACAGCAGAGAGCUGGCCUGGAAGAGGGGCAACCGGGACAGAAUCCGGCGCCCCGACUGGGACUAGAACCUGGUGUGCCGGCGCCGCAGGUGGAGGAUUAGCCUAGUGAGCCGCGGCGCCGGCCACGCAUUUGUUUGAAUGUUUUCAGUCCUUGGAUCUGGAACCUGCAUGCGUGGAUUCCGCUGUGUCUUAAAUAGUCAGCCGCGCCGACAGCACAAUGACAGCUCAGAAAAGGGGGCUGGGUGUGGAUCCGGGUCUGCUGGGCGGAGGGCGCCGGCUGUAAGUCAGAGCCGCCCUCAGCAGUGUGCUCUGAGGGCUGGACCCCGGGCACUGGGCGAGAGCAUCGGGGCGGGGGAGCAGCGAGUGCCAGGGCUCAGGGAGAGGCCAGGAGCACCCGAGGCAGCCUUCCGCACCCCUGCUUGUUCCAGGGAAGCCGUGGGCCCUGGAUUCGGCCAGACUCACCGCCGAGCGCGGUUACUCAGCCGCCCUAAGCCCCGGCCUGCCCCUCUGGCCUGACAUUAAACGUAGCCGGCGUGAGAAUCCAAUGAGCUGUGAUUUGUGAGGUGCUGAGCGCAAGGCACGCACCUGCUGAGUGCUCAAGGAUUAGCUGCUGCUGUCGGGCCCUUUCCCGUGACUGUCCCUGGUGACUCAGUGUCACCUGUGUGUCCCCAGCGCCGAGCCCAGGGCCAGCACCCGAGAGGAGCUCGGGGAAUGUCGGAGACGAGUGUUCGCCGCUGCCCGCUGCGUGCUGGGCACAGAAAGGUCUUUAGUUGCUGGGAGAAUUCGAUCAGGGGUCAGGCUCGGGUCCUCGUCUCAUUUUCUCAAGCGAUCGCCUCUGAAAUUUCGCGCUACAGCGGCGGGUCUGCCAGCCAGCCUGUGGUCCUCACAGGUUUAUGGCCGAGGUGUGCGGGGGUGGUGGGGGUUUGCUUCCUGUAUUUUGGAGCCGUGGUGUUAGGAUGGCGAACGUUGACAACUCUGUGGGUGCUGCAUUGGUUUGUUUUGCCCCGUCUCUGUCCCUCGCCCUACUGUUGGCUUUGCAUUUGUCAGUCCUCAGCGUCUCCCUCUUCCAGGGUCAUGGCUUUCGUGAACGGCUCCUCCCGGAGUAGGCGGCUCCUCCCGGAGUAGGCGGACCUAGUGUAGGGUCUCCCGCAUCACGCCCCACCCCUGUACCCAAUCCAGGGGAGGGGGAAGCCUGCCCCUCCCCAGACAGCGCUGACUCGGAGUGGGCAGGGCAGGGACGGGGGAGCCCAGGAGUCUCGCUCUGGGCAGGUGGGCCGUCUCCAGAAAGGGAGCCAGGGGAAGCCUCUUCUAUAAUUACAGUUGAGCACAGACCAAGGCAUGGCGCCAGGUGGAGAUCUGGUGGGCUGGGGGUGCCCCGCACAGGGUGGCGCGCAGCCCCCCAGCGCCACGGAGGCGCUGAGAUGCGGUGAAGCCCAUGGCCGUCUGCCGUCCGCCCCGCGAUGGACCGCGGCAGCCUCCUGCCCUUCCAGCUCUGGUGCCCCCGGCCCUUCGGCACCUUCUCCCAGAACCAGCCCCGCCCGCCUGCCGCAGCCCUCAAGCCCUCCACCUGCACUGAGCCCGGCCCCGGGGCGGAGCCUGACAAUGGCCCCGCCCACUCGGAGAACACGCCGCCUGCCUUGGCCGCUGAGACCCCCGCCUCCCAGCCCGGCCCCCUCCUCUCCGCGGCGGCUGCUGGGGACGAAGGCCGCGUGCUGCUGGACACGUGGUACGUCAUCAAGCCCGGGAACACGAAAGAGAAGGUGGCCUUCUUCGUGGCCCACCAGUGCGGUGGGGGCGGCCGGGCCAGCUCCAUGAAGGUCAAGGGCCACUGGGGCAGCGACAGCUCCAAGGCCAAGCGGAGGAGGCGCUGUCUCGAGCCCACCAGGGCUCCUCCAGACCCCGGGGGCCGGGAGGGGCCCCCCGCCGCCGAGGGAGGCCCCACGUCAGCCGCUGAGGACGCGGACCUGCUCUCGGUGGCCGAGAUGGUGGCCCUGGUGGAGCAGCGGGCCGCCCUGGCCCUGCAGACCUACCCGCGCCCCGCCACCCCGGCGCCCAUGGUCUUCGUGUCGGCCGAGCAGGGUGGGCCGGCCAAGGGGCUGGGGUCCGAACGCCGGUCCGGUGGUGGUGGUGGGGAUUGCAGCCGGGUGGCCGAGGCCGUGGCCCACUUCGAGGCGCAGCGGGACAGCCCCCCAGCCAAGGGCCUCCGCAAGGAGGAGCGGCCGGGGCCCGGCCCCGGGGAGGUGCGCAUCGCCUUCCGCAUCUCCAACGGCCGGGAGCCCCGCGGGCCGGACGGCGGCUUGCCCAGUGCGGGCGGCGGCCGGCCUGGCAGUGCCUACCCGGGCAGCCCGGGCCCCGGCGCCCGGGCCAAGGACAAGAUCACCUGCGACCUGUACCAGCUCAUCAGCCCCUCGCGGGACGCGCUCCCCAGCAACGUGGAGUUCCUGCUGGCGCGCGCGGAGGAAGCCGGCGAGGCCGACGCCCCAGCGGCCGCCCGGCCCGAGGACGCUCCCCCGGCGCCCCCUCCGCCCCCGGCCCGGGACUGCGGCGCUUCCGGCUUCCACGUGGACGUGGUGGUGACGGGCGUGGUGGACGAGUGCACCUUCUUCGGCAAGGACGGCACCAAGAACGUGAAGGAGGAGACCGUGUGCCUGACGGUCAGCCCCGAGGAGCCGCCCCCGCCGGGCCAGCUCUUCUUCCUGCAGGCCCGGGGGGCGGACGGGCCCCCUGAGCCGCCCCCAGCCGACGCGCCGGCCACGGCGCCGGCGCCGGACGACGCGGAGGGGCCGGCGGACACCUCGCUGUGCCGCCUGUACCGGCACGUGUCCCACGACUUCCUGGAGAUCCGCUUCAAGAUCCAGCGGCUGCUGGAGCCUCGCCAGUACAUGCUGCUGCUGCCCGAGCACGUGCUGGUCAAGAUCUUCAGCUUCCUGCCCACGCGGGCCCUGGCCGCGCUCAAGUGCACCUGCCACCACUUCAAGGGCAUCAUCGAGGCGUUCGGCGUGCGCGCCACGGACUCGCGCUGGAGCCGCGACCCGCUCUACCGGGACGACCCGUGCAAGCAGUGCCGCAAGAGGUACGAGAAGGGCGACGUGUCGCUCUGCCGCUGGCACCCCAAGCCCUACCACCACGACCUGCCUUACGGACGCUCCUACUGGAUGUGCUGCCGCCGCGCCGACCGCGAGACGCCCGGCUGCCGCCUGGGCCUGCACGACAACAACUGGGUGCUGCCGUGCGGCGGGCCGGCCGGGGGCCGCGCGGGCCGCGAGGAGGGCAGGUGAGGCCGGGCCGCGGCCGGAGCCGCCCGCGCGGACCUCGGGGCGGGGCCCAGAGCCCGACCCUGCUGGUGUUCUGCGCCUCAGCCCCUGGCCCGCGGGCCCUCCGCGAGGGUUUGCUUUUUUUUUGGUUUUUGUUUGUUUGUUUAUCAGCAUCUCAGUCUCUUCUCCCGUCAGCCCCGACUCCCUCCCUGCCAAACUCCCCACCCCAGGGAGCCGCCGCAGGGAGCAGAUGGCAGCUACUUUUGGUACCACUCAAGGGCCCCCCCUCCGGACCCCUCUCCCGGGAGGCCGCGGGUCUGCAGCAGGGCCCACCUCCUGGCUGGGCGCUGAGGGCCCUCCGUCGCAGCCGCCGGGAGGCCUACAAGGAAGUAAAAGACCCCUGGCUACCAGUCUCUCCCCUUCCUUACAGGGGAAGAGAAAAAAAUUCUCAGUGUGGACAGCCCCCUCCUCCCAUUAUUUAAGCUUUCGCCGGCGCCCCCAAAGCUGUGAAGCCCCUUCGCCUGGCUCUGCCCAGAGCAGGGCCAGAGGGCCGGGCGGGGGAGGGUGUGCGAUUCUCCUUCCGCCCGGUACCUGUGCAGGCGUGGGCGGUCUCUUCAGCCCCAGCCUCGUGUGUUUUUUUUUUUUUUUUUUUAAAGAAUCCUUUGGUUAACUGGGACCUUGAUUUUCAGGCGGUUUGGUUUGGGGGUAUCUUUGUUCUGGGUUGGUUUUGUGUUUUCACCAUUGUGGUUCUGGAAGCUUCUAGCGUGUGGCAUCUGACCAGUUUUCAAUCGGUCCUUUCUAUAAAAUCAGUAUUUAUAAGGCUGG